GUGGUAUAUAAACACGCGUGGGAUGCCUGGUCGGCAGUCUUAUUCGCACAGCAUUAGCGGCAGCAGGCAGAAGCAGCAGAUAUGAAGGUCACACUAGCGAUAGCCGCGGCGGCCUUGUUCGUCGUCAUGGCAACCACAGUGGACGCCGCAUCGGGGUGUACUCCAGGAGCCAAGAAGAAGGAAGACUGCAACACUUGUACGUGCACUGCAACAGGCGUCUGGGCCUGCACGCGCAGGGGAUGUAUUACGAAGAGAGAGGCAGAGGAGUCGCCCAUCGUGAAACGGGAAGCCCAGAGCUGUACACCCAACUCGACCUUCAAGAAGGACUGCAACACGUGCACGUGCAACAGCAGUGGAACGUCCGCCAUCUGCACCCAGCUGGGAUGUCUCAGCCGCGGCCGUAGACAGGUGAACUGCACUCCAGGAACGACCUUCAAGGACAAGUGUAACACCUGCCGCUGCAGUUCCAAUGGCAGGAGCGCCGCCUGCACCUUGAAAGCGUGUCCCCCUGGCUCGUAUCGGCAGCAGGCAGAAGCAGAAGCAGCAGCAGCAGAUAUGAAGGUCACACUAGCGAUAGCAGCGGCGGCCUUGUUCGUCGUCAUGGCAACCACAGUGGACGCCGCAUCGGAGUGUACUCCAGGAGCCAAGAAGAAGGAAGACUGCAACACUUGUACGUGCACUGCAACAGGCGUCUGGGCCUGCACGCGCAGGGGAUGUAUUACGAAGAGAGAGGCAGAGGAGUCGCCCAUCGUGAAACGGGAAGCCCAGAGCUGUACACCCAACUCGACCUUCAAGAAGGACUGCAACACGUGCACGUGCAACAGCAGUGGAACGUCCGCCAUCUGCACCCAGCUGGGAUGUCUCAGCCGCGGCCGUAGACAGGUGAAUUGCACUCCUGGAACGACCUUCAAGGACAAGUGUAACACCUGCCGCUGCAGUUCCAAUGGCAGGAGCGCCGCCUGCACCUUGAAAGCGUGUCCCCCUGGUUCGUAUUAACCAGCGUUCCUUCGUGAAGGUGACUGAUUGUCCGAGAAGUUCUCUGCGGUUAAAUGGAAAUAACGCCAUUUCUGUGAUGCAGAAUCUCUGCAGCGAAUUAUUUUCAUCUAUUUCCAAUUUGUCUUUUGUAAUUUUCUUAUCGU